AUGGAGAUAUUGGCUGCAACCAGGGGCGCGGCAGGAGCGUCCUCUUCUAACGCUGCCCCGCCUACUGCUGAAUGGAGUUUAGAAAGCUUUCUCCAACACCAUCCGGCCAAGUUCAGUGGGAAAGGUCUUCCGGAUGAAGCGGAUCAGUGGCUCAGGGAUAUGGAGCGGAUUUACAAUGCUAAGAGAUGUCCGGAUGACAGCCGUUUGGCAUUUACUGAAUACUUGCUGACUGGUGAAGCAAGUCACUGGUGGACGAGCAUGAAGGCGAUCUUGACGGACGCUCAUAGUCCCGUGAAUUGGGCAGUUUUCAGGACGAAAUUCUACGAAGAGUAUUUCCCGGACAGCGUACGUUAUGCUAAAGAAGUGGAGUUUCUACAAUUGGUGCAAGGGGGAAUGUCGGUAUCAGAAUAUACUAAUAGAUUCAAGCAUUUGGUCCGUUUUAACACCAUGGCUACGAGCGAAGAAUGGCAAUGCAGGAAGUUUGAAAACGGGCUGAGGAGCGACUUGAAGGUAUUGAUAUCCAGCUUGUGCAUUAGAUCAUUUCCUGCUAUGGUUGAGAGGGCAAAGGUACUGGAGAAGAACGUUGCCGAGGCCGAGCAACAGAAGAAGCAACAGUUGAGCAGGGGGCCGGUGUUAGCAAGGAAUAACUCUACUGUAAGACGACCCCCGUACAUUCGUCCAGGUCAAUCUUCUGGUGGAUCCCAAGCCUUGGCUACUGUCGGCCAAUCUGGACAGCCAAGGAGUUUGACAUGCUUCCAGUGUGGAGGACUGCACUUUAGGUGGGCUUGUCCUCAACUGAAUGGUGGAAAAUACUGCACUAAGUGCAGAAGGAGCGGACACUCGGAUCAGGAGUGUAAUAUGGGAGGCCGUGCGGUAGCAAGACCGCCGAACGCUGGAAGAACACAGCAAGGUAGGGGAGGACGUGCACAGGCAGUUGGGCGAGUGUAUGCUAUCACGGGUGCUGAAGCUGCUAGUUCAGCGGCUGGUGGGAUUAGAACAUCUACUGGUUGCUUUAGAUGUACUAUAGAAGUUGAGGGGCGUAGAUUCAAAGUCAAUCUCAUAUGCUUGCCUCUUCAAGGCUUAGAGGUAAUUUUGGGGAUGGAUUGGUUGGCCACCAAUCGCAUUCUCAUAGACUAUGGUAAGAAGGAGUUAGUCUUUCCAGAUGAAGGGGAAGAGGAGUUAUCAGUGACGCUCGGUCAGCUGAAGGAGGAUAUAGUAGAGGGCGCCUACUGCUUCCUGAUAAUGACGCACUCAGAUGAGGAGAUGGAAGGAGUGAAGUGGGGACGAUCGUCACAGGAUGAGUCGUAUGGAAGACAAUCGGUCAUAGAAGAGUUUCCUGAAGUCUUUCCAGACGAGAUACCGGGACUGCCUCCUGUUCGUGAGGUUGAAUUUACAAUCGACCUGGUGACGACGGCAGCGCCAAUCUCGGUUCAACCAUAUAGAAUGUCGCCCGCUGAGUUGGUUGAGCUCAAGAAGCAGAUAGAAGAAUUAAUGGACAAGUAG